AUGCAAGUGAAAACGUUCAAGGUGGUCCAGACUGUCUUUCUCUGUCUGAGUGAUUUCCGCCACUCAUUUGCAUUGAGCCCCCUUGAUGCCUUGACCUCCGCACUCCAGGUGGACUGGUCGCGAUUCGCAUACACUCAAUAUGCCACUAACCGAAACUAUCUCUGCAACUCGGUGAUGCGGUUCGAGACCUUGCAUCGCUCCGGCAGCCGAGCUGAGCGCCUGCUGACGUAUGCAUCGGACUUCCCCACCGAGGACAAUUCCAGGGUUGCAAAGCUGCUCCGCAAAGCCCGCAUUAACACCGGAAGGGCGCUGACGCCUUCCUACGACCGUGUUCUGCACCUCGACUCCGACUCGACCCUCCUCCAGGCCCGCGAUCCGGACGACGAGCACCUAGUCGCAUGGAUCGAGCCCUCUGCGGCCGAGUCUCGCCGCAUCCAACGAGCCAUCGCCGACGCUGGACCGCGCGAAUUCGACAUGGAGAUCCUCAACACGCUGUACCAGUACCAGGACCAGGGCCAGGCAGGGACUCUCCCCCCAUCGUCCCUAUUACCUCCUAACCGGCGAAUUCCGCGCCAAAGACCAUACCGCGUAUCUUGGCAAUGCGCAGGAGCCGCCCUGGGACCCGGUCGAGGUCUUCGAGAAGACAAAAUCUCUGCAUUUUUCCGACUGGCCGCUACCCAAGUAUCAUCGAGGCGAAUCAGUCGACGUGUGAUUGGAACCCCCAAACAGGCCGAGAUGAUGACUGUCGCGCUCGAGAGAUAUGGCGUGGCUUCUAUGCUGAGUUCGCUUCGAGAAGACAGGCAUGAGCCCCUCCCCUGGCGUCUAUCGUUCGUGUUGGUUGACUCCGCGAACAGGCAUAUGAGGACGGCCUUUUCAUUCUCUAUUGCUAAUGCUCCAGUCAACGCUCCGGAGCCUAGCCUUGGCCCGAUACUGCGUAGAAGAGCUGCUUCAAGGCUGGAAUGUACGAACUUAAUGGAUCCAUCCACUGAAGAUGAAGCGCGGCAUCGGUGUGGAAAAUAG